AUGGCGAGGUUUGGCAGACGUGGGGAUGCUAGCUAUGGCGGGAAUGGUGGGUACCGGUCGUCGUACCGGCGGCCGAGGAGUUAUGGGCCACCAGCAGCCCACGCCCGACCAAUCACAGAUGGCCAUUUUCCCGAGUACCGUCCGACAAACAUCACAGACAUCCCUGUUCCACCGCCGGUCCCCUAUAUUCCGACUGCAAACAAAGCAUCCCUUCCAGACAUCGGAUUUCGAGUCGUCAUCUUCAUUGUCGUUGUCGCGUGUCUUGUUGUCGGCGUUCGGACUCCAUUGGUCAAGAAGAAGGCGGAAGAUGGGACUAGUUCGCUCCAGGCUUCCGAAGGUGCUCAAGACGAUGCCGUCCAGCUGCAAGAAUCCUCAGGUUAUGGCUCCGGCGAGCGAGCCGAAUUAGGUCCUACGAUAACAACGGAGCAGUCGACCGUCCAGCCGCAAGAAUUAGCCUCAGGUUAUGGCUCCGGCGAGCGAACCGAAUUAGGUCCUACGAUGACAACGGAGCAGUCGGCCGUCGAACUGCAGAACGACACUGCCAUGCUGAUCGUCGCCAAUACGUCGGAGCCUUCAUAUAUCCCGCACCACCAAUCAGAUAGUCAUACGAUUACGCAGAUGUCCGUGGGUACCCAAGGCACCGGCUCGACGUCAGCCUUGCCGAUUGCACCAGCAUAUGGGCAUAUGCAACCACCAGAGUCAAGCAACUCUACCCUCGCUGCCGAAGCACCCGACGUCGAAUCUCAGAGCCACAACUCCCCCGCAGACAUGCACACCGAUGCGCCCACUGGAACGUCUGCCUCCCACGCCAACUUCAGCUAG